AUGGAAAACAAUGACAUGCCGCGGAAUGCCGCCCUCCAUGGAGUGCCGCAACGAGGAAACUUCAGCCUGGAGGCUGACAUUUUAAGCAAACUUCGCGACGUUCCUGUCAAGGUCGCCGCGGCAGACGCAAACCAAGAGCUCUUGCAGGACGUGCUUUCGUCAUUGCGCCAGAAAGCCCUGGACUUGCAAAACGAUAAGUGGAUGUACGAAGACCUCCCGUUCUUGUGAUAUUGGUACUGCGUGCGCAUUUUCCCGCAAUGCACACGAUCGGGUAAGAUCGCAAUGUGCUCGCUGUAACCACGCAACCCGUUGACACAUCCGUCGUGGGUGACAAGGAUGAAGAGUUUGUAAGUUCAUUCGAGACCGAACAUAAGUCACCAUUUCAUUCGACGAGGUCUGAAAUUCCAU